UUUAGAUUUUAAUAACAUUAAAGGCAUUUCCUGCACACACAGCUGAUUGUGUUACAUUAUUAAUGCUUGUGUAGUAUUUUUGGUGUUAUGAAUGUGUGAAUAAUGGCAGGCGGACCGGCAUGGCACGUCAGACAGAAGAACACAGGGAGAGUGACAAGGACGGGGAGAGGGAGAAAGAAAGGGGAGGGGAACUGACAUUAAAGCAACACAACAAGGAAACUACACUGCAGAGCCACAGACGCCUUCAUUUUAUGUUUUUGAAUAAUAGCCGGAGCUAGUGUGGCGAAGUGUAUCUGUGAGAUCUGCCCGGAGCUCAGACCCGCACACAGCCUCAAGUGCCCGGAAAAAGGAGCAGCUUUGGACCGAGUUGGAUUUAAAGGCGCUUCUCGGACGCUUUCAGAGAUAUGGGCUCAGAGCCACCCAGCUCUCCACAGGUGGUGGAGGAUGGAGGAGAGGAGGAUGAGGAGGAGCUGAGUGGAGGAGAGGAGGCAGAUCUGCGGUCCAGCUCUGGCCGGGGUUCCCUGCUGACCCGGAGAGGAAUCACCCUGAGGGUGCUGCUCAAGGACGGACUGGUGGAGCCAGGGGACGGCGUGCUAGCUAUACACUACCUGGGUAAGAACUUUGUAGGAGACCUGUUGAAUGAUGGGAAAAUCAGGUGGGUGGAGACGGGCCAGAUCUUCAACUCCCCCAGUGCCUGGGCAACACACUGCAAGCGUCUGGUUAACCCAGCCAAGAAGUCUGGCUGUGGCUGGGCGUCUGUACGCUACCGAGGACAGAAGCUGGUCCAGUACAAAACCACCUGGCUGCACAAGUACCAGCCCAGCGCAGACAUGAGCCUGGUGAGCGAAGAGGAUGAUGACGAGGAUGAGGAGGAAGGGAAGACAGCUGUGCAGGCAGAUGACAAGAACAAGAACAACAAACCUGGAUUGAAUGACGUGAUUGUUUCACGGAGGACUGACAGAGAGAGAAUUCCUGUCAGAUAUUGCACCUUGGGCACCAGGGAUGCUGCCAGAGAUCCACACACACUCGUGGAGCUGUCAGCCUUCUCAGCCAUCAACAGAUUCCAGCCUUUCAAUGUAGCUGUUUCCAGUAACGUACUGCUGCUAAUGGACUUCCACUGUCACCUGACCACCAGUGAGGUGGUGGGAUACCUCGGAGGACGAUGGGACACAAACACACAACUGCUGACAGUCUUAAGGGCUUUCCCCUGUCGGACCAGGCUGGCAGACAGAGAAUCUGCCUCCGCCGUUGAGGAGGAGAUCUGUCAGAACCUGUUCAUGCGUGGGCUGUCGUUGGUGGGCUGGUACCACAGCCACCCGCGAGGUCCGGCUCUGCCGUCGCUGCAGGACAUCGACUCCCAGAUGGACCAUCAGCUGAGGCUGCAGGGUUCAAACAACGGCUUCCAGCCCUGCCUGGGCAUCAUCUGCGGACCAUAUUAUCACGGCAAUCAAGGUGUAGCAUCCACAAUAACCCCAUUCUGGGUUGUACCUCCGCCAGAGCAACGGCCCAAUGACCACGGCAUCCCAGUGGCUGUGGAGGUCACUUACGUACAAGACAACUUCCUCACCAGUGAUGUUCUUAAUGAGAUGAUGCUGCUGGUUGACUACUACAGGACAGCUCCUGACCUCGUCCAGUUCAGCCAGUACUGGUGUCCUGAUACGACUAUGUUGGACAAGAUCAAGGGCUCUCUGAGUUGCCACGCUCCCAAAGAUCAGGCCUACUCUCAGAUCUUAGAGCAUGUCUACAGUCAGCUGAGCAGCAUACACUGAGUGGACUUGCUGUGCAUGUGGACUGCCCUCAUUCCCAAGUCGUUCCACUUUUAAAAAAACACAACUUUGUGCAGAGCUGCAGGACUGGAGUGACAGAUGUACAAUGUAAAAACCUGCUUGAAAAUCAUAUAGAUGCCUUGAAUUCUCUCGUGCUUGACUGACACUUAAUUUUGAUACAGCAUUAUGGUGACUUAAAGAGAAAUGUAAGAUUGAAACACAAAACCAAACAGCACCAGAUCAGAGAACACAAUAUCAGCAUUUUACACAAAGACACUAAAUAGAAGCAUUUUGGGGCAUGAAAUCAGCCUGCUGACUGGCCUCUCUCCUUCUCCACAUGGACCUAUGUGCCUAUCUGUGCCAGUAUCCUACAGAUACUGCCAGGUAUGUACAAUGUAAACUUUCAGUGUGUUGUAAUUGCCUUUAUAGACUAAACCAAUGGAGCAGUGGUCAGGAAAUACUGAAAACAAGUAGUGCAAAAUAUACUACAUUAGCAAAGUAUGCAAGUGUGUCUUGGUUUGACCUCAGCUGUUCUCUGCAAUAGGUUUUGUGAAUGUUUGUUCCUCAAGUCAAAUUGGAUGGUUGCAAUGUGGUGCAAGUAAUUCCAUUGUGCCAAGCAAAUUGUUUUUUUUCUAAUGAACUUGUGUGUGUGUGUGUAUGUGUGUUGUGAAUGUGCCCCUCUACUGUCUCCGUCAGGUUAUAUGAGACAUGAGUCCUGUUGGUCGGGACAGAUACUUGCUUCCUCUUUACCUGUACUGUAUUUAUUACUAACUGUGGAUUGUGUCAUGUACAUGUAUCAAGACAGAGCAAUGCCUUACGCCUGCUGAUGAUCCACAAAGCAUUAAAAUAUACACACUGGAACUAUUUAAA